AAAGGAAUUAAAGGUGAUAGGCAACAAAGGGAAUGCCAAAUUUUUAGACCCUACUUUGAGCUCAUGAACCACAUGGCAAAUCUUCAUCAAAUCAACCGCGGAGUCCUUUCCUUCCAUCAUCAAACCUCUUAAAAAUGGCCAGGUUAAUUACCUUUAGACCUGUUUUUACACUUAUGUAAGCUUGGCUGCAGGCAUUGUAGUUUCAUGCUUACACAUGCACUGGCUGUUUCUCCCUUCUAAUUUUGCUGUUCUUGAGCUUUUGUGCUUAUUUAUUUCAUAUUGACAAGUGUGUAGCCUUGAGCCACUGUAGCUGUUAACUCAGAUGUUUGUUUUCUUUGUCCUUCUAUUUACAUGUAAGCCUUUACCUGCUUUAGCCAUGUGUUGAGUGAUGUAACAGUGUUGGUCUGGUAUCUGUAAACUGGGUGGGUGGGGGUGAAACGUCACCUCCCGCAAUUUAUGUCAGAACAAUGCAGCCUCUGGAGGAAAUCUUUAAGACUAGUAGAAAUAGCCGCUGUUGUUUCCCUGUGGUCUGCAUCCCUACGAUCUGCUGAACUUCUUAAGUUUUUGGCUGUGAGCCUCUUCCUUGGGGGGAUUUCCAUAAAACAGCUGGGUCCCGCCUGGGUCAUCAGUGUCAGAAGUCAGACACGUGCUCACUGUCUGGUAGCCAAUAGUAACUUUUGCAAACGCAGCCUCAGGAAACCCCAGGGUUCGGAGGCUGCUGCUUUCGGAACGACAAUGUUAGCAAUCACUUAAGUCUUUUAACAGAAUAAAACAAAAACAUAGGAUAGUGACAAAGGCUUCCACCCGUGGUAGUGGAGAGAGAUGUUAAAGGAGCUCCAAAAAGUGUGUGGGGAACUAGUGUAGAUGGAAUUCCUUCACUGUUCCGCGGGCUGAAGUGCUGGGGAGAAGGGGGCGGAGAUGGGCUCGGAGAGUCUGGCCCUUUAAGGAGGAGGGACAGCCUUAAGACUCUGUACCUUUAAGAGUCUCUUUGUCUGGAAACCUCCUUAUUUACCCUGCUGUGCUUCAACCAAACUUCGACCCGCGAUUCACAACGCCCCUCUACGCCGCCGCCCCUUACGCCAGGCUCAAAUCGGCCGCACGUUUGUGGCUAACCCUAAACUUUGCGCCCGCAGCGCGAACCUUCGGAGAGGCAGUCUGUGCCGGGGUCGGGGCCGAGCGCUGCGCCGUUGGCGCAAUGCGGGGUCCGGGGGGCGGGGCUCAAGCGGGCGGGCCAAUGGGCGGGCAGGGGGCGGGGCCUGUUCGGUUGUCUCGCGCCCUGGUGACAGCUCGCGCGUGCUGAUGAUGGCGAUUCUUUGGAUGGGAAGAGACCUUGAAAGGACCUCUAGUUUAUCCUGCAACUUCAGUCAAUAUCCCACUUAAAUCAUCCCAGAUUUGUUUUUUAGGGGUUCCUGGGUGGCUCCAUCGUUAAGCAUCUGCCUUUAGCUCAGGUAAUAGAGAAGAGGAAACCUAAUCAAUGGCUGUGGAAUGAUAUGGAAGAAGAUGAAAAAAACUUGUUUAAUGGGUUGAAAGAGCGGAGCCUUCUCUGAGACAUGGAUAGAUGCAAACAUGUCGGGCGGUUGCGGCUCGCCCAGGACCACUCCAUCCUGAACCCACAGAAGUGGUGCUGCCGGGAGUGCGCCACCACCGAGUCCGUGUGGGCUUGUCUCAAGUGCUCUCACGUGGCCUGCGGCCGCUACAUCGAAGAUCACGCCCUGAAACACUUUGAGGAGACCGGGCACCCGCUAGCCAUGGAGGUCCGGGAUCUGUACGUGUUCUGUUACCUGUGCAAGGACUACGUGCUCAACGACAACCCGGAGGGGGACCUGAAGCUGCUCAGAAGCUCCCUGCUGGCGGUCAGGGGCCAGAAGCAGGACCCGCCGCUGAGGCGUGGCCGGACGCUGCGGUCCAUGGCCGCCGGCGAGGAUGCCGUACCACCGCAGCGCGCUCCUCAGGGACAGCCGCAGAUGCUCACGGCUCUGUGGUACCGGCGCCAGCGCCUGCUGGCCAAGACGCUGCGGCACUGGUUCGAGAAGAGCUCCCGCGGCCAGGCGAAGCUGGAGCAGCGGCGGCAGGAGGAGGCGCUGGAGCGCAAGAAGGAGGAGGCGCGGCAGCGGCGGCGCGAGGUGAAGAGGCGGCUGCUGGAGGAGCUGGCCAGCGCCCCCCCGCGCAAGAGCGCGCGCCUGCUGCUGCACGCCUCGCGCGCCGCCGACGCCCCGCGCCCCGCCUCACCGCGCGCGCCCACCGGGGGCCGCCUGCCGCCGCGCCGCGCGCCCGCCAUGGCGCCGGGCGUCACCGGCCUGCGCAACCUGGGCAACACCUGCUACAUGAACUCCAUCCUGCAGGUGCUCAGCCACCUCCAGAAGUUCCGCGAAUGUUUUCUGAACCUCGACCCUUCCCAGACCCAGCAGCUGUUUCCUAAGGCCCCCAACGGGAAGGCUCCGCUCUCCGGCAGGCCGGCCGGCGGCUCCGCCACCGAGCUGUCGGCCAGGAGCGAGGGGGCUGACGCUUGCGAGCGGGAGGCCCUCUGCUUCAAUGGCGGGGCCUCCAUCAGCAGGAGCCUAGAACUCAUCCAGAACAAGGAGCCGAGCUCGAAGCACAUUUCCCUCUGUCACGAACUGCACACCCUUUUCCGAGUCAUGUGGUCCGGAAAGUGGGCCCUGGUGUCGCCCUUCGCCAUGCUUCACUCGGUGUGGAGCCUGAUCCCCGCCUUCCGCGGCUACGACCAGCAGGACGCGCAGGAGUUCUUGUGCGAGCUGCUGCACAAAGUGCAGCAGGAGCUCGAGUCUGAGGGCACCACGCGCCGGAUUCUCAUCCCCUUCUCCCAGAGGAAGCUCACCAAACAGGUCUUAAAGGUGGUGAACACCAUAUUCCACGGGCAGCUACUCAGUCAGGUCACAUGUGUAUCAUGCAAUUACAAAUCCAAUACCAUUGAGCCCUUUUGGGAUCUGUCCCUGGAAUUCCCUGAACGGUAUCACUGCAUAGAAAAGGGGUUUGUCCCUUUGAAUCAGACAGAGUGCCUGCUCACUGAGAUGCUGGCCAAGUUCACAGAGACAGAGGCCCUGGAAGGGAGAAUCUACGCUUGUGACCAGUGUAACAGCAAACGACGAAAAUCCAAUCCCAAACCCCUUGUUCUGAGUGAAGCUAGAAAGCAGUUAAUGAUCUACAGACUACCUCAGGUUCUCCGGCUGCACCUUAAAAGAUUCAGGUGGUCUGGCCGUAAUCAUCGAGAGAAGAUUGGGGUCCAUGUCGUCUUUGACCAGGUAUUAACCAUGGAACCUUACUGCUGCAGGGACAUGCUCUCCUCUCUUGACAAAGAGACCUUUGCCUAUGAUCUCUCCGCAGUGGUCAUGCAUCACGGGAAAGGGUUUGGCUCAGGACACUACACAGCCUAUUGCUACAACACAGAGGGAGGUUUUUGGGUCCACUGCAAUGACUCAAAGCUGAAUGUAUGCAGUGUCGAGGAAGUGUGCAAAACUCAAGCCUACAUCCUUUUUUACACUCAAAGAACAGUUCAGGGCAAUGCAAGAAUUUCAGAAAACCAACUCCAAGCUCAGGUGCAGUCCAGCAACAACGAUGAGGGCAGACCACGGCUCAUCCCCUGAAUGGGAGGCAUGUUUCAAGGACUGGCCUGCUUUUAAACUAUUGGUGUUCAUAUAUCUUUCCUCUUACAGGAAAUAAGGUUUAGUGCAGGAACAGAGUACUAGGUUUGCCUCACUGGGACUACAGCAGAAGGUGCUAGGUGACUCAUGUUCUAUCAUAAAAUCUGUAGUCACUUUCUCUUGAAUGGAUUCGGGAAUUCCCUCCUUUGAUAAAACAGAAGGAGUAACUUCUAUGAAGAUUCUUUCAUCAGUUGCUUCUGAAAAGAGAGGAUCUGGGUGGAGGAAAGAGGGGGUAAAUUGAUCAUAUGCAGCCAGGAGAGCAACCAUGUUUUCUUUCCAUUACAUGAUUCCCCCAUUAACCAGGACCUCCCUGUGACCCCAGAAGAACCCUCCUGAUGUGAACAGCCCUGGACAGAGCAUGAGAGGUGGGGCCCUGGGCUGGCAGCUUGCUGGAUGGGAUUGGUUCCAAGGCAGGAAGUGAAUAAUAAGGAUUUGUCCUCACAAAGGAAGUAACCCUCAAGGGCUGACAACUUGCAAACUUCCUUUUUUAGGGACUAGCAGUGAGAGAGUGGAAUGAGAUGCAUAGAGCAAGUUUCCCCAUGCAAAACGGGAGGUUUUUCAAGUGUCCUACCUUCCCUGGCUGCUGCUGUCAUUGAAUCAUUCCUCGUCUUCUGAACAUCCCUUCAUUCUAAAGGAGCAGUUCAUAUGGGAAAACAAUCAACUGGUCCAUGACAUGUUCUUAGCUGCAUGCCAAGCUGAAGGGCACCCCUGGCUGCCCAGUUCUGUAGCAUAUCCCUGGUUCAGGUAUAGGAUAAGCACAUGGUUUGGUAUAAAUUGGUCUUUAGGUCAGUUGUCUGAGGCUGGCUCAGAAUUCAGUUGAGGGUAGGCAGGGAUAGCUGGUGGACCAGGCCUUAUCUGAAUGCCCAUCACCUGUUCUCACCUUGGAUGCCCAUCACCUGUUCUCACCUUGGUGCAGCACAUAGCUUUUCUUAGCCUGCAGCUUUUAGCUUGCACCUGGAGGGCUUGGAACAUUCUUGUUCAGCACAAGGUUUGGGAACUUAUGCUUUUCUAGGGCUUGGGAAUCUGCCCCCAUAUGUCCGAACAGUUCGUUGCUGCUGGCCCCAGCCUGUUCUCCUCCCAAAUUUGAUAAUCCUUACUGUUUCUUUACCCUCCUACACUCAGUCCAUCUGAGGGGGUAAAAAAAAAGAAAAAAAGAGUGCCCUGUCUUUUACUUAAGUGCUAGUAAGAUACAUAUUUCUUUUUAUACCGGGUCAGUUUCUAAGUGGAAUGAAAUUGCCCCCAAGCCCUCCUUCUCAUCAGGCACCACUGAAUUUCCCUUCUCAGUCCUGCAGUAAAAGUGAAUGCAGCCCGGAACUCACUGUGGGGCUGCUGCAGCCUGCCUCAGCCUGUCACUAUGAAUGCUCAUCUUCUGACUGAGUGUAUCAACCUAAUGUUUCAAUUCAGGUAGAAGUACAGUUGUCACUUGAAGGAAGCAGAUGUGGAGGGAGUUGGGGACGGGUGGGAAGUUGGGAAAAGAGGGGGUAAGAAUGAGGGUCGUAGCUUAGGGGUGUUAAUGAGCCCCAUAUCCAGAGCAGAUCUGUAGCAUUUGCUGUUGACCUCUUUUGAGAUGGACUCUCCCACAGGACCUGUCAGACAGCACUGAGACAUGGAGGAAAUUCAGACAGAAAAUGGCUCACCCUGAUAAAGAAAGGGGAGUGACUAUAUUUUAAAUUAAACUUGCUUUUUCCAACA